AGUGGUGUUCACAAUUUAUUUGAUAAAGCGUCUUAAUACGCAGAUUAAGGUAAACAAAGAAAUUCCAAAUUUUCCCGGUAAAGUCUUGUGAAAACUGCCUUGCUGCAAAGUAUUGAAAGUUAAAAAUGACUGAAGAUAUUCCCCUUGAUGAGAUGGAUGAGGUGGACGAUAUGGAAGAUGAAGAUUUUCAUGAUGAGCUAGGAGUAGAACAGUCUACACCAGAGAAGCGUGCCAGGCAUGCUAUUACAGGAAGGGGGGUUACUUUACAGAUGUUGAUGGCUGAUGGAAUUAUCAAACCUGGAGAUGGUGUAUUGUCCCUGGAGUAUUUGGGUCAGAAAUUCACAGCAGAUCUGCAAUCAAAUGGAAAAAUCAAAUCAAACGAGACUGAUCAAAUAUUUAGCUCUCCAAGCUCAUGGGCAAUUUUCUGUAAGAAACUUGUCAACCCAGCAAAGAAAUCUGGUUGUGGAUGGGCCUCAGUGAAAUACAAGGGGAGAAAGUUAGACUCAUGGAAAACCAGCUGGUUCAGACAACAGAAACCUAGAAAACCUCAUAUACCAGGAUCACAGUCACCAGCUAGUAGUAUCUCGAGUGAAUCUAUGGACAUAUUUUCAAGGCAGGGACUUGGUGAUGACUCACAGUCUGUCAGUACAGAAUCAGCAACAGCUCUGUCUAGGCUCACAUCAUGUUCUUCCUUUGGCAGUGACCUUCAAACGAUAUCCAGUGACAAAAAUGAAAGUUCAUCUGUGAAGGACAGUGUUUCAUCACUUGUGAAGGACAAUGCUUUACCACUUUUGAAGGACAGUGCUUUACCAGUUGUAAAGGAAAGUACAGUUGCAACAGCUAUGAAGGAAAGUCCAUUAUCACUAGUGAAGGAAAAUCCGGUACCACUUGUGAAGGAAAAUCCGGUACCACUAGUGAAGGACAGUGUUACAGAUGAUGAUAAUGGUGUGUUAGACUUGACAACCAAACCAAAACCAAAAGAUCAGCCUGUGACAGCCAGGUCAGAGCCAGCCAGUCUUUGUUUUAUUGGAGAGCAAGAAGAAGCAUUAAAUUUGUCAUUGAAAGCAACCCCAACAAAGAAACCUGUUAAAAAUGAAGUCAAGGUAGAGAAACUGACAGAAAGUCCGGAAAUGACCAAAAAUGAUAAGACACCUGUCAAACACAGCACAUUACAAGAUAGAUCUAAUGUUGUUGAUAUGAACCAGCUUGUGUCAUGCGAGAUGUUCACGAGUUUAGGUAAAAUGCAGCCAUACACUGUUUCCAUGUCAACCAACUCAUUACUUCUGAUGGAUUUUCAUUGUCACCUGACAACAAGUGAAGUAGUUGGUUAUCUUGGAGGAAAGUGGGAUCAAAGUGCUCAACAUUUGAGUGUUCAACAAGCAUUUCCAUGUCGCUGCCGACUGAGUGAUUCCCAUAAUGCAGCAUUGAUAGAGGAAGAGAUACGAAGUAACAUGAAACACCUGGGAAUGUCAUUGGUCGGUUGGUACCACUCUCAUCCUUACUCUCUACCGGAACCAUCCGUCCGUGAUCUAGACUGCCAAAUGUCAUACCAACUGAAAAUGAAAGGUGCAAAGUCAACAUACUUCCCUUGUGUUGGAAUCAUUAAUUCACCAUAUUAUAGACAGUCACUGAAAACAGAAUCUACAGUACAAAUGUAUAUGGUUAUGCCACCACUUGAGACAUCAAAAACAGAUUAUGGUAUCCCAAUGUCUUUAAAGUACUCAGUGAAGCAGAACCAUUCAGUUAGUGAAGAACUUCUUGCUGAAAUGAAAAAGUUGGUUGAUUUUUACAAAGGGGCACCUGACUGGAUAUCAUUUGAGCAUUCCUGGCACCCAAGUGUUACAUACCUAGAAAAAUUAAAGACCUCACUAGGGAAUAAACUACCAGAGGACCAACUUGACAAUGGAACAUUCAUGGAAUUUGUUCAGCAUGUGUUGACAUCUUAAAGAAGUUCAGAUUGGUGCCACGAGUACACAUAGAUAUUCACUUUGUGUCUCUAGAAUGUUCAAUGUGUCUCUAGAAUGUUCCAUGUGAUUCUGGAAUGUUCCAUGUGAACCCAUUGGAAAUUUGGUUUUACAGCAAUGAGAAAGUGCAAUAUGAAGCAAGUGCUACAAUAAUUACAGUUUGUUUCGUUUGAAAGAAGAGUAAAAGAGUUUCCUUAGACUAUCAGUAGAUGAGGAGAGAUAAGUUAAGCUGCCAUGUUUUAGUAAGAUAUGUGUUAGUUAUUGCUGCACACAGUCACUAGGGAGUGAUGUGUGGAUAUAUAUGAAGAUUGUCUGACACUCCUACCACUUCUAUACUGACAUUAAAUUUAUUCAGUACUGAUACACACUGUUUUGUGUUAUUUUUUUUUCAUGAAAAUCUUUCACACAUUUCUAAGGAUGUUAAAUCUUUGUAUUGUAUUAAGGAAUUUAAUUUUUACAUUGAGUCUAGUAGAGGUACUGUGUACCAUUAGUUUUUGAUACAUUGUAUAUGUUGUAAGAAAAAAAUAUUGAUUUACACAGGGAUUUGUACAUGUACCUGUGUAGCUAUAUAUGUUGUUAAAUAAAUAACACAGACACUUCAUUUAGCAACAAAAUGUACACAAAAAGUUAAUGUUUUAUUUUGUGUUUUUAGCUCACCUGUCACAAAGUGACAUGGUGAGCUUUUGUGAUCACUUUUCGUCCGGCGUCGUCCGUAAACUUUUACUUUAAACGACAUCUCCUCAUAAACCACUAAGCCAAUUUCAUCCAAACUACAUAGAAAUAUUUCUGUGGUUAUCAACUUUAAAAAUUGGUUUAAUGCAAAACUCUGGUUGCCAUGGCAAACGAAAGAAAAAAUUAAAAAAUCUUCUUUUAAAAAACCGAAAAAGCUAGAGCUUUAAUAUUUGGCAUAAAACAUCGUCUAGUCAGUGUCUACCAAGUUUGUUGAAGUAAAAGCCCUGGGGUCAAAAUUGGCCCCCGUCAUUGAUUUUCCUUAUUUUUAUAUAGUAAAAACUUAAAAAAUCUUCUUUUAAAAAUCUCAAAUAGCUAGAGCUUAGAUAUUAAGCAUGAAAUAUUUUCAAGUGGAUGUACCAAGUUUGUUCAAAUAAAAGCCUGGGGUCAAAAUUUCCCCUGCCCCAGGGGGUCAUUGUUUUUCCCUUUAUGUAUAUAGUAAAACUUAAAAGAUCUUUUUUUUAAAAAACAAACAAAAAAAAACCAAAGAGCUAGAGCUAAGAUAUUUAGCAUGAAGCAUCUUCUAAUGGGUGACUUCCAAGUUUGUUCAAAUAAAGGCCAUUGGGUUAAAGUUUACCCUGCCCGGGGGUCAUUGAUUUUCCUUAUAUGUGUAUAGUAAAAACUUGCAAAAUCUUCUUUUAAUAAACCCAAAGACCUAGAGUUUAGAUACUCGGCAUGAAAUAUCUUCUAGUAAGUGUCUACCAAGUUUGUUCAAAUAAAAGCCCUGGUGUUAAAAUUGGCCAUGCCAGGGGGUGGGCAUUGUUUUUCCCUAUAUGUGUAUAAAAUCUUCUUUCCCAAAGAGCUAGAGCUUCAAUAUUUAUCAUGAAACAUCUUCUAAUGGGUUUCUACCAAGUUUGUUCAAAUAAAACCCUGGUGUUAAAAUUGGCCCCGCCCCGGGGGGGGGGCCUAUAUACAGGUGAGCGAUUCAAGGCCAUCAUGGCCCUCUUGUUUUACAUGAACUGUCAUAUAGUUAUAUAGAACCAUAUACUAGUUCUUUAACACAUGUAUGAUAUUAAUAAUGACUAGUAAUUUGGCAGGUGACACCAGGUUUAUGAAUUUGUUCUAUAUGUAUUUAUAAUUCAACAUAUUCAUAUUGUAAUAAAUGUAUAUUAAAUGAUAAAGUAAUGCUGAACCGUC